CAUUACAUUGGAUAUUUUUUCACUUCAUUUUCAGUUAAAGUUUCGUUCUUUGUCUUAGUCUCUCGGAGUUAAUUUCUAGAUCCGUUGGGGGGGGCUUCGUUUUGGAGGUUGGAUUGUGUUAGUCAGGUAAAGAUUUCAUUUUGACGAUACCCACCUGAGAAAAUUUGAUUGCAGCUUGAUGGGUCUUUUUCUUUAUGCAUACAUCUUUGAAUGCUUUCUAAGGUUUAGGCGGAAAGUCCUUUCCUUUUUCUGUUGAAAAUUUGGGGCUUUUGUGUCGGUUGAUUGAUUUUAGCUGGCCUGCAGCAGAGUAGAGGGUAUUGAUCUAUUAUGGAUUCAACGUUCAAUAGAUUCCCUUAUUCAGAAAAUGGUUUCGAAUUUGGUGAUGGGGUUAUUUUUUCGGAUCCAAAUGGGUACCAAAAUGUGGAGGUUUCAAAUGUUUUUGAAUCCAAUAACCAAUCUUUAGGACUGAGUUCCUCGGAAGCCCCAGUUGUUCCUGAAUCAGAGUAUUUAAGUUCUAGCAAUUUAGCUUCUUUCCCGAGCAUGGAAAAAGAGGGGGAUUCUAGCUUUCUCUGUGACGACAGCGACUUUUCAGACACUGUCCUCAAGUACAUAAGCCAGAUGCUCAUGGAAGAGGACAUGGAAGAGAAGCCCUGUAUGUUUCAUGAUGCAUUAGCUCUUCAAGCUGCAGAGAAAUCUCUCUAUGAAGUUCUUGGUGAGAAGUACCCUCCUAUUGAUCAAACCCAAACCCCUUUCUGUGGUUACCAAGAUGCUGAGAGCCCUGAUAAUUGUUCCUCGGGUAUCUAUAGUGAUCAGAAUAGCUAUGGCAGUUCCAGUGGCAGCACUAGCAGCCCGAUUGAUCUCCCAUGGAAUGUUGAUUUUUUGGAAAAUAGCAGUAGACCAUCUUUCUUGAAAACACCUAUUCCUCCAAACUUUGUUUUUCAGUCUACUCCAAAUUCUAACUUGCCAUCAUCUCUCAGCUCUCAAAAUAAUUUCUCUAGCAAUGGUAAUCGUGUGUUAGGCUCUUCUGUUAGUGAGCUUGUGAUUCCAAAUUUUUUUAGCGAGAGUGAAUUGGCCUUGCAAUUCAACAAAGGAGUAGAGGAAGCUAGUAAGUUUCUUCCUAAAGCUAAUCUUCUGACUAUUGCUGUGGAGAACAUUGCAUCAGCACCAGAGAUGAAGGAAAAGACAAUCAAGACAGCUGUUAAGGCAGAGCAAGAUGAUAGGGAGCAUUCACCUACUCGCUUGACAGUAAAGAAGAAUCACGAGAGAGAAGAUGAAGAGUUAGAGGAAUGGAGGAGCAAAAAACAGUCAGCAGUUUGUGUGGACGAGAAUGAGCUGUUAGAAAUGUUUGAUAAGUUAGAAAUUUGUGGUGUCAGAAAAGACCAGCAUCCUUCAUGCACUCUUGAUCAGCCUUUGCAGAAUGGGCAAAGUAAGACAUUGCAACAGAAACAGCAAACAAAUGGAUCUAAUGGUGGAAAGACUAGUGGCAAGAAACAACAGGAAAAUAAGAAGGAAGUAGUUGAUUUGAGGACCCUGCUGAUUGUAUGUGCACAAGCUGUCUCAUCUAAUGAUAUCAAGACUGCUAAUAGGCAACUGAAGCGGAUCAGGCAGCACUCUUCACAGUUUGGUGAUGGAUCACAGAGAUUAGCUCAUAUAUUUGCUGAUGCCCUUGAAGCACGCAUGGCUGGAACUGGUACUCAGAUCUAUACUGCUUUGAGUUCCAAAAGAAAAUCAGCUGCUGAUAUACUGAAAUCUUAUCAACUAUACAUUUCAGCCUGUCCUUUCCUAAAGUUUGCAUUUAUCUUUGCAAACCACAACAUUUUGGAGUUGAUAAAGGGAAAAAAAGUAACAACACUCCAUAUUAUUGACUUUGGUAUUUUCUAUGGAUUUCAGUUUCUUGCUCUCAUCAUGCGCCUGUCAGAGUUACCUGGAGGUCCUCCCAAACUACGUAUUACAGGGAUAGACUUUCCUCAACGUGGCUUCCGUCCAGCAGAAGCAGUCCGGAAUACAGGGUGCCGCUUGGCUAGGUUCUGUGAGAAGGUUAAUGUUCCAUUUGAGUACAAUGCCAUCGCACAGAAGUGGGAGACUAUAAGAAUUGAGGAUCUCAAGAUUAGGCCCAAUGAGAGUGUUGUUGUUAAUUCUCAAUACCGGUUUAAGAACCUACUUGAUGAGACAGUUGUUGUGAACAAUCCAAGGGAUACGGUUCUGAAAUUGAUUAGGAGGAUAAAUCCAGAUAUGUUUCUCCAUUCCAUUGUCAAUGGAACCUACAAUGCUCCUUUCUUUGUCACGCGGUUCAAGGAGGUACUCUUUUAUUACUCUGGACUCUUCGAUAUAUGUGAUGCAAGUAUUCCCCGAGAAGAUGAAAUAAGGUUGAUGUUUGAGAAAGAGAUCUUCGGGCGGGAAGUAAUGAAUGUUGUGGCCUGUGAGGGCACUGAGAGAAUAGAGAGACCUGAGACGCACAAGCAGUGGCUGGCUAGGACCAUGAGGGCGGGGUUUGUGCAGCGUCCUCUGGACCCUAAACUGUUGACUUACUUGAAAUGCAAGGCGAAGGAUCUGUACCACAGACACAGUGACUUUAUGGUGGGACAGGAUGGCCAAUGGAUGCUACAGGGAUGGAAGGGUCGGACUCUUUACGCAUCCUCUGUAUGGCUACCUGCAUAGGAGUGUUGGUAGCCAGGAACUUGACAUUAGGAAUUCAAGUCUUCUAUCUACCUGGAGGCUUAUGAUCAUGACCUGGAAGCUGACUUGUAGUGGGAUUCAUGUUAUGCAUCUUGUUAUUAGUUUGGUAGGUUUAUACAUAUUUU